AAGCUCAAACGGACGCUCUGUCACAGAGCCUGAACAGCUACCUGCAUAUUUGUGCGCUAUACAAAUCUUUUGCAAGCCUCCCGUGGAUCUCCUGUGCACCAGCAGCCAUGGUUCUGGAAGAUAAUGAGUGUGACUCUGUCUUUGAGCCCCACAUCACCGAGGAACAUGUGGACACUCAAUACGGGCAAGUCCACUGCAUCAUGAUGGGGACGCCCAAAGCAAACCGCCCGGUCAUUCUAACAUAUCAUGAUGUGGGCCUAAACCACAAGUCAUGUUUCGAUACUCUGUUCACACAUGAGGACAUGCAAGAAAUUAUCACGCAUUUUCCUGUUUGUCACGUUGAAGCGCCAGGACAACACGAGGGGGCCAAAACUCUCCCAACAUCGUAUUCCUACCCGACCAUGGACCAGCUGUCCGAAGCGCUGCCUGCCGUGCUCAAACACUUUAGGUUGCACACUGUGAUUGGACUGGGAGUUGGAGCAGGUGCUUACGUGUUGGCCAACUUUGCUCUGAAUCACCCUGAUCUGGUGGACGGAUUGGUUCUGAUCAACAUCAACCCCAAUGCUGAGGGAUUAAUAGACACUGUUGCAAACAAGAUUACUGAAUGGACUCACACCCUCCCUGACACGAUCAUCACUCACUUGUUUGGAAAAGAGGAGAUCCAGACCAACCAUGAUCUCAUUGCCACAUACCGCCACCACAUCACGGCAUCCAUGAACCAGCACAACGUGGCUCAGUUCUUCCGUACCUACAAUAGCCGCAGUGCUCUUGAAGUGGAGAGGCCUGUUGAAGGGGCAAACAUCAAUGUCAGGACCCUCAAAUGCUCUACUUUGCUGGUCGUUGGAGACAGUUCUCCUGCUGUGGAAGUCGUGGUGGACUGCAACUCCAAGCUCAACCCAACAAAGACCACGCUGCUUAAGAUGGCUGACUGUGGAGGACUUCCUCAAGUGGCUCAGCCAGCCAAAGUGGUUGAAGCCUUCAAAUAUUUCAUCCAGGGCCUGGGAUACCUGUCCAGUGCCAGUAUGACCAGACUGCGGUCACGUACGGCCUCUGGCUCCAGCGUCUCCUCCAUGGAAGUUUCUCGGAGCCGCGCGCACACCAAUGAACUGCAACGCGGUCGCACUCACUCACACGGUGCUGAGGAGAAGCGUGUACGCUCCCACACUGAUGCCUCCAUAGAGAGCCUCUCCAACAGCAACAUGGACCGAUUGAUUUCAAAGUCCACUGAGGUGGCAUGCUAGAGUUCACACUGCACUUAUCUCAUACAUUUUGGUUAAAUGAUAACUGUUUUCACCGAGCUCCACCCUCUUCUUGCAUGCUACGCCACCUUUAUCUGCACUCAAAUGUCACAGCCGUAGCUAAAAUAGGCUUUUUUAAAGACAUAAUUCUUAGUUAUAAUUCUUAGUUAUGUAAUAAUGAGUUUUGCAAAUAUAUAUAUGUAUAUAUAUGUACAUCCAUCCAUCCAUUUUCUACCGCUUGUCCCGUUCGGGGUCGCGGAGGUGCUGAAGGCUAUCUCAGCUGCAUUUGGGCAGAAGGCGGGGUACACCCUGGACAAGUCGCCACCUCAUCGCAGGGCCAACACAGAUAGACAGACAACACAUUCACACACUAGGGGCAAUUUGGUGUUGCCAAUCAACCUAUCCCCAGGUGCAUGUCUUUGGAUAUAUAUAUAUAUAUAUAUAUAUAUAUAUAUAUAUAUAUAUAUAUAUAUAUAUAUAUAUAUAUAUAUAU